ACAGAACGAGAGGAGGAAGGAAAGAGAAGGGUGACCAGCUGUGCCAGUGCGAGGCAGACGUGCGCGGGGAAGGAGUGUGUCCUGAGUGAGGGACGAUGAUGCUGGGAGCUGUGCUCUGUACCCUGGUCCUGUCAGCCUCGGCCUUCCGGCUCAGUAAGAAUGGCUGGACGAUGGAGAUCCCCGAUACAGUGACCGGCAGUUUAGGGUCACCGGUCACCGUGUACUGCAAGUUCACUCACCCUCACCCCAGAUACACAGGGAACAUCACCAUCAUGUGGAAUGCAGGAGGGACUGGUCCUGUGUAUAUUAAAUAUACAAAUUAUAGGCCGGAUUCACAGGGAAAGUACCAAAAUGUCAUUGAUGUAAACGAGGGAGAGCGAUAUCGAGUGAUUGGGGAUCCGAGGAGGAACGACGCCACAAUAGAGAUAAACCAACUGAGGGGAGAGGACAAUAAUAAGCUGUUGUCCUGUCGUGUGGAGCUCCAGGGUGAGGACGGAAAGUUUGAAACUGGCCCCAAAACACGUCUGAUUGUUACAGGGCUCAGUGGGAAUGGCUGGACGAUGGAGACCCCCGAUACAGUGACCGGCAGGUUAGGGUCACCGGUCACCGUGUACUGCAAAUUCACUCACCCUCACCCCAGAUACACAGGGAACAUCACCAUCAUAUGGAAUGCAGGAAGGACUGGUCCUGUGUAUAUUAAAUAUACAAAUUAUGGGCCGGAUUCACAGGGAAAGUAUCAAAAUGUCAUUGAUGUAAAUGAGGGAGAGCGAUAUCGAGUGAUUGGGGAUCCGAGGAGGAACAACGCCACAAUAGAGAUAAACCAACUGAGGGGAGAGGACAAUAAUAAGCUGUUGUCCUGUCGUGUGGAGCUCCAGGGUGAGGACGGAAAGUUUGAAACUGGCCCCAAAACACGUCUGAUUGUUACAGGGCUCAGUGGGAAUGGCUGGACGAUGGAGACCCCCGAUACAGUGACCGGCAGGUUAGGGUCACCGGUCACCGUGUACUGCAAAUUCACUCACCCUCACCCCAGAUACACAGGGAACAUCACCAUCAUAUGGAAUGCAGGAAGGACUGGUCCUGUGUAUAUUAAAUAUACAAAUUAUGGGCCGGAUUCACAGGGAAAGUAUCAAAAUGUCAUUGAUGUAAAUGAGGGAGAGCGAUAUCGAGUGAUUGGGGAUCCGAGGAGGAACAACGCCACAAUAGAGAUAAACCAACUGAGGGGAGAGGACAAUAAUAAGCUGUUGUCCUGUCGUGUGGAGCUCCAGGGUGAGGACGGAAAGUUUGAAACUGGCCCCAAAACACGUCUGAUUGUUACAGGUCAUGAAGAGAAGCUCCGGUCAGUGACUGGUACCAAGGGAGGUGAUGCCACACUGCCCUGCUCCUUCAACAGGCCCAGCACAUACCAGAAUCGUGCCACAGUCACAGUGCUUUGGAGGAGAGGGAGGCCACAUGGGCAGCUGGUGUUUAAUUACACUCUUGGCCUCACCGCCCACACCAACUCCAGGGAGUCAGAGACAGUGAAUGAAGGAAAUCGCUACAAGCUGGUCAGGAAUGUGGGAGAUGGAGACGCUUCCCUGAAGAUCAGGGGCCUGGAGUUAAACGACACCGGACGGUAUUUCUGUCACGUACACGUCAUGUUUAUAAUGGAAGGAUCCCAUCAGGACCAGGUGACACAGGACAUGUCACGGCUGCAGGUUGUUGCUCCGGCCGUCAUCCUGAGUCUGUCCCUCGUGGCUGGAGGUGACAUUGUGUGCACGGCUGAGGGGAAACCACCGGCCAACAUCACGUGGAUCGACCCCAAGAAUAACACGCUGCCCAUUAACACCAGCCACACGCCAGUCACACAUGUACCGGACAAGCAUCAAACCGUGGGGGAGAUCCGGGGCCCGAGGCUGAGGGGAACUUACCGCUGUGUAGCUGAGAACACACAGGGCAGAGACACCCGAGACAUCCUCGCACCUGGACCACAGAGCAAUGGUGGUCGUACUGUAUAUAUCGUGGUAUCCAUUGUGGUGCUGCUCGUUCUGGUGACUGCCAUCAUUAUCUGGCGGGUAAAGAGAGGUGGUGGUGUCGGACAUUGCUGCCAGUGUUCACAGAGUCAUCAAAUGGAUUUGGAUGUUAACAACGACAUGGUCCAACCUCAGCCGCCUGCAGGAGACGACGUAGCUGCUGUGAUCUACAGUGUGGUUACCCCAGCACCGGCCCGGCAAACAGAUUCAGUGUACGCAAAUUCCGCCAGAGCCAGAGCCUCUGAUGACAAUGUGAUUUAUGCUGUUGUCGCCAACUCGAAGGGGAGAUCAGCUGAGCAGUGAACACUGGUCCCGCCCAUAGUCUGCAGUCCGCCACUUAUACAG